AUGCACGUCAACUGGCGCAAGGAGCCUCAUCUCCGCAAGCUCUACCUCAUGAGCGUCUUCCUGCUCGUCGCCUCCGCCACCACCGGUUACGACGGCAUGUUGAUGAACGCCGCCCAGCAAAUGGACAAGUUCAAGGAGUACUACCGUGACCACGGCAACGUGUUCCAGUUCGAGGACGGCGACUGGAACAAGGACGAGAACCUUCUCGGCAUCAUGGUCAACAUGUUCAACAUUGGCUCCAUCCUCUCCUUCUUCAUCACCCCCUACGCCGCCGAUCGAUUCGGCCGAAAGCCCACCAUCAUGGCUGGCUGCGUCGUCAUGAUCCUCGGCGCCCUCAUCUCUGCCUUUACCAACGGCUACGGAAUGUGGUUGGCCGGCCGUUUCCUCCUCGGCUUCGGCAACUCCCCGCCCAGAUGUGCUCUCCCCUCCUUCUCACCGAGAUCUGCCAUCCUCAGCAUCGUGGUCCCCUCACCGCCGUCUACAACUGCUUGUGGAACUUGGGCUCCCUCAUCGUCUCCGUCAUCGGCUGGGGUACCGCCCAGAUCGACGGCCACUGGAGCUGGAGGUCCAUCACCCUCAUCCAGGCCUUCCCUCCAUCUUCCAGCUCUGCGGUGUCUGGUGGAUUCCCGAGUCCCCCGUUACCUCGUCAGCAAGGACAAGCCCGAUCAGGCCUUUGAUGUCCUCGUCAAGCACCACGGCGGUGGCAACUCUGCCAACGCUACCGUCCAGUUCGAGUUCCGUGAGAUCAAGGAAACCAUUGUCAUGGAGGCUCAGGCCAACAGGAGCACCAGCUACAUGGACUUCUUCCGCACCAAGGGUAACAGGUGGCGACUUGCCAUUGUCAUCUCCCUCGGUAUCAUUUCUCAGUACUCUGGCAACGCUCUGUUCUCCAACUACAUUGAUGACAUCUACUCCAACGCUGGUAUCCGUGAGCAGAACCAAAAGCUUGCUUUGACCGCCGGCAAGACCAUUUUGGAUCUCAUCAUCUCCAUCGGCGCCGCCUUGACCGUCGACAAGAUUGGUCGUCGUCCCCUCUUCCUCUUCGCCAUCAGCGGUAUGGUUGGCUCCUUCGUCUGCUGGACCAUCACCGGUGCCAUCUACGAGAACUCUGGCGAGACCAACAGGUCCUCCGGAUACGCCCAGGUCGUCUUCAUCUGGUUCUUCGGCAUCUUCUACGACAUCGGUUUCUCCGGUCUCCUCGUUGCGUACGCUCUGGAAGUUCUGCCCUUCGCUCUCCGUGCCAAGGGUAUGAUGAUUCUCAACAUCACCAUCCAGGCCAUCCUCGCCCUCGGAAACCAGACCAACCUCCUUGCCUGGAACAGGCUCCCCAACCACUGGAACUUCAUGUUGUUCUACACCCUCUGGGACUUCUGCGAGCUCAUCUUCGUCUGGUUCUUCUACAUCGAGACCAAGGGCCCCACUCUCGAGGAGAUUGCCCGUAUCUUUGACGGCGACGACGCUGUGACUGCCCACAUUGACCUCGAGCAGGUUGAGAAGGAGAUCCGCGUCGCUGAGCACGAGGAAGACAUCAACAGGAGGAACACGGAGUCUGGCAAGACCGCUGCCUAA